UUUGCGGAAAUUGAGCAGAAAAAACUAAUGGUGCAUUAAUGAUGUGCAUAAGGAAGAAAUCUUUGUCAAAUCUAAACAAUACAAUCUACGAAUUUUUAAAAUAUUUUUUUUUUUAUUUGUGAUGAGGAAAAAUACGAAACUAAACUAGCUUUUCCUAAAAAUGAAAGUUGAAAGGGCAAACUCAGUUUCCGUCUUCCUUGUCAAUUCCUUGUAAGUUGUUGGCAUGUACACAAACGAGGUUCGUGCUCUUUUUCUUGGAAGCUAAACAUGCGUGGUUUUCAGUUCAUUUUGACUUUAAUUCUUUAUUUUGUCGUCAUCAACAAAGCAGAAGACGAUGAAUCAGGAGUUAUUUUGCCAAGCAUGUGCGAAGUGUGUAAAUUUUUUGUCACGGAACUUCAAAGCCGAUUAGAUGAAACUGGAAAAUCCAAGGAGACCUUACAUGUAGGACAUGGUUUAGACAAGAAAAAGAAAAUUGUAUACAGCACAUCAGAGCUACGAUUCACAGAAGCUCUCAAUGACCCACAUGUAUGUGACAAAAUACUGGAAUACAAUGUCCACAAAGAGCGGUCCGGAAGCAACAGAUUUGCCAAAGGUCGCAGUGAGACAAUGGAAACUUUGCAUGGAUUAGUAAAUAAAGGUGUAAAGGUGGAGUUAGGAAUUCCACAUGAAUUGUGGGAUUCUCCAUCAGCUGAAGUCACAGACAUGCAGCGGAAGUGUUUUAAAAUGGCUGAAGAGUAUGAAGAGGAAAUAGAAAACUGGUAUUACAAUCACCAGGACAAGGACCUGAUGAACUACCUUUGUGCCAACAUUAUCCUUAGAAAAGACGAUAAAAAAUGCCUAACAGAAAAACAUCUACCAAAGGGGGAAACAGAGAAAAAGGAAACAGAAUCCUCAAGAAACAAGAAAAAAUCAAAACCCAAAGGAGAUGAUGAAGUAAGAGAAGCCAAAGACGAGUUAUGAUGUUAUCACCAUGGUGAUGAUGAAGUUAGAGAAGCCAAAGACGAGUUAUGAUGUUAUCACCAUGGUGAUGAACACAUUGGUUCCAAAACACUUGAAAGUUAGUUACUGGUUUUUUCCACCUCUCAUUCAAUGUUAUUUUAAUUCACAAAAUACAUGUACACGAGCCUAUGAGAGGUGGCGAAAACUGAUUGUGAUGUAACAAACAGUUGUGUUGGGAGACUCAACAUUAGCUUACUCUUGUGUUCCUAACAAACUCCCUCUCCUAUUUUCUGCAUUCAUUUAGUCUGAGGUUUGAUUGUAUUUAUGCUGUGAACGAUAACUUUUGAAUAUGAAAGAAGUUUUGAAUUACUAUUUAGCAUACAGUGUGUCUGUAUUGUGAGUAUAUGUGUUGUGAAUGAAGGUUUGUAACAUUCCUCAGAUGUUCGCUGUUAAAAUUUGUUUAUACCAGUUGAUCUGAUAUAACAUACAUCUGUCCUCAUUAAGUGACUUGCUGUAAAGGUGGUUAUUUACGCUGGGGGUUAAGUACACGUUUUUCCACGCCCAACAUUACACGUGGGAGAAAAAUACACAGCAACUGAAUAUAAUAUAUAUCAAAUAUUUAUAACUAUAUGCGUGGGGGAAAAUUUACGCACUUAUUAUACGUAUUAGUGUAGAUUUCCCCCACGCGUAAAUAACCACUUUUUCAGUAGUCUUUAGAUUUUGUAAUCUUAUUUUUGCCUGUCUAUUGUUUCAUCCUCAUUUAGUCAGAUAGGAAUUCACAUGUUCUUUUAUUUUGAAAACACAGAGAUAUUUUUACAUUGCCAUUAUCAUAAAUUUCAGGUUGUACAAAACUAUUUAUUGUUAUAAAGAAAAGAUUAAGACACAAAGUUGAUUAUCACUUAAUGUUCUUUAUUAUAGCUUAAGUAUGUGUUCAAAGUGGGUUUUUAAAUGUAGUAAAUUAGAAUAGAUCUAUCUCUGAAUAUAAAUGUAUGUAUUUAUGAAUAUAGAUAUAUUUUGUAACAUUUUACAGUAAUUAAAAGAGAGGCAUAAUGUU